GGCUGCGAACCCCAUGCUAUCCCCCCAUUAACAAACAACAGACAACUUAGAUUAGAGGCAGCGAGCUACGGUAGCCAUUAUGGACAUUGACCUCCUCAACAUCUAUGUCGCCGACAAGCGCCUCCGCCGCCAAGUCCACCCCACCGAAGACCUCUUCAUCUGGAACUAUACGGAGAUAACGCAGCUGCAGAAGCUCUGGGACCCCAUAACCACCCAAUGCCGUGCGCUAGUCACCAACACCGACGGAACGAUCAUCGCGCGCUCGUUCCCCAAAUUCUUCAACGAGAACGAACAACUCUACGAAGCCACGGAGGAGUUCACGGUCCAGGAAAAGGUGGACGGAAGUCUGGGGAUACUGUUCCACUACCGUGAUCGCUGGAUCAUGGCGAGUCGAGGGAGCUUUACGAGUCCGCAGGUGGCUGGUUUUACGAGUCAGACGGUGUGUCGGUAUCCGAGACGGCCAUUUGGGGCUGGGGGUGAAGGUGAGCUGUGCGGAUUGCUAAGGGUGGUUGGGGACGCCUGACUGUUAUGAUCUCGAUGACAGAGGCGGAAGCGAAGAAGAGAAGACAGAGCGAGAGUGAUAGGCGACAAGAGAUUGUAUUGGCGAACAAGAAACAAGGACUAGA